GUGUAGGUUAGAUGGGCUUCAGAUUAGUUCCAUAGGUCGCCGCAACAUCGUGGACCAAGGGCCUGUACUGAGCUGUAAUGUUCUAUGUUCAAGAUGGGCUACAGAAAGCAGUUCGCCAUCACCAGCUGAAGAGACAACAAAUGCUGGCCCCUUCAGCAAAGGACCACACUCUGUAAAUGGAUUUGAAAAAAAAAAGUGUGCGUUUGUAUAUAUCUCUCUCCCCUUCUCUGCUUACUCCUGGCCAGUAGAGGGACCUUUAUCUAUGCAGACGAGGGAUUGGUUGCUAUAUUUCCGCUCCUAUCGUGAUUGAACGAGCUCGCCCACCGCCCUUUGCAAUGUGUACCUCGUCCGUCCCACGGAACGAGUCAGUUUCAAACAACAUUUCCUGUCAAUUUCUACCUCGCGCGCGCAAACAAGAGCGUUUCCAGAAGUAGAUUUUCCCAAUUGAAUAAACUCCGCUGGCCUGAACUGGUGAGAGAUAGGGAGGGAGAAGUGAAUUUACGAAGGAAUCAUGGCCACGUUGAGCAGCGAUUGUCCGAAGGGGGUUUCGAAUGGAAACAUCUACUCGGACUCUGAGAAGACUGCGAAUGGUAACAAAGUAUCAGACGAUGGCAACAAUGUAUCGAGCGGCGGUGACAAUGUAUCGUUCAGGGAGCCCGAGGCCGCCAGCAAGAUGAGGAAAAUCAAGGGUUGCAUCAGCUCCAACCUCCUGGUGAUCCUGACCGUGAUCGGGGUGAUCACCGGCGUAGCGAUCGGCCUGUCGGUGAGAAACCUGCACCUCAACAGGGUCCAGAUUAUCUACUUCUCCUUCCCGGGAGAGCUGCUGCUGCGGCUGCUGAAGAUGAUCAUCAUCCCGCUGGUGGUGUGCAGCUUAGUGUCCGGGGCCGCCAGUCUCGACCCCCGAGCCCUGGGCAAGCUGGGCGGCUGGGCGAUGCUGUUCUUCUUACUGACCACCCUCAUCGCUUCGGCCAUCGGGGUGAGCAUGGCUUUUAUCGUCAAGCCCGGAGACGGCGCCGAAGCCAACCCUGAGCUACCGGGCUUGGAAGAUACACUACCGGAUCCUAAAGAGGUCACCGAUUCCUUUCUGGAUCUUAUAAGGAACGUCUUCCCCUCGAACCUUGUCUCGGCAGCUUUUAAAUCGUAUGCUACAACUUACCAGGUCGUCAAAUUCUCCAAGAACAUCACUGAUGAAUUUGGAAAUAUUACAGGCAUUGAAGAAAAAGAUUUAAAAAUUCCCAAAGGAAGCAGCGCGGAUGCUAUGAACAUCCUGGGGCUGGUUGUCUUCGCCAUUGUCUUUGGGAUCGCUCUGCGGAAACUCGGACCAGAGGGCGAGAACCUUAUCCGUUUCUUCAACUCCUUCAAUGAGGCCACUAUGGUCCUGGUCUCAUGGAUCAUGUGGUAUGCUCCUUUCGGUAUCAUGUUCCUAGUUGCUGGCAAGAUUGUGGAGAUGGAAGAUGUCCUCAUGCUUUUUACCAGCCUCGGGAAGUACAUCUGCUGCUGCAUAGUGGGCCACCUCAUUCACGGCUUAAUCGUCCUGCCCCUCAUCUACUUUGUGUUCACUCGUAAAAAUCCUUACAGCUUCCUGUGGGGCAUCUUCACAGCCUUGGCUACAGCCUUUGGAACUUCCUCCAGUUCUGCCACACUACCCCUCAUGAUGAAAUGUGUGGAAGAGAACAACGGUGUCAGUAAGCAAAUCAGCCGCUUUAUACUGCCCAUCGGCGCAACUGUGAACAUGGACGGUGCUGCUCUCUUCCAGUGUGUCGCUGCUGUGUUCAUUGCUCAGCUCAACAAUGUCUCGCUCAACUUUGUCCAGGUCAUCGCCAUAUUAGUGACAGCCACUGCCUCAAGUGUUGGUGCUGCUGGCAUCCCUGCAGGUGGUAUUCUGACCCUCGCCAUCAUCCUGGAGGCUGUGGGGCUGCCCACGAAAGAGAUAUCGCUGGUGCUCGCUGUUGAUUGGCUGGUAGAUCGCACUUGCACCGUCCUCAAUGUGGAAGGUGACGCUUUCGGGGCCGGCCUCCUCCAGUCUUACACUGACAGGCAGAAAUCCAGCCAGCGAGUGGAGGAGCUCACUGAGGUAAAAACAGAAGCAGCAAUCCAGGAGAGGCCUGACGAGGAAGGAUCGCCACUCAUGAAGAAAGACACGAAAGAGCCCUUGAAAAAGGAGAGCGGCUCGCUGGAGAAGGAAUCAGUGAUGUGAGGCCUAGCUCCGUGGAUCGGAGCAUCCAGCUGACAAAUACCUUGGAACCUCCUAACACACCUGUUCAGAAAAUCAGAAAAACUCUCCAACCUCUAGCCCCUUUCCCUCUCCUGCAAAACAUGAUGAAAUUUGAAGAGUGUGAUUGGGGUGACAUGAGGUUUCCUUUUGCUUUUGAGAAGUCCAUGACCACACGAGGCAUUAUUUUCCCCUUCACCACGCUCCCCCCACCUCUACGCCACCUACCUGCCCUCGGGGCCUAGAAGGAUACGAGCCUGAGGACUGGUGGUUUAGGGGUUCCAAUGUUUCACCAAUCAGCUGCUAGUGAUUCUGAGAAAAGCCUCCUUGGACUAUUUUUGGACUAGUUUUGACCUUUGUCUCCAAAGCAAAAAAAAUCGAGAAACCAACAGUGUUUUAAGAGUGGCUCAUGGGCCCGCUGUAUAUUGACACCGCCUGUGGCAGCAGUGCCAUUUAUGUCUUGGUUUUACACCACUUCCAGCAGUUCCUCUCUUUGUCUGCGAUGCUGCAGCUGUGCUGUGGUUUACCAUUAUUUGGUUUUUUUGUGUGUUACAAGUCUGUGCCCCCCUCAUAGUUGUUAGGGCAAGGAGGGCUUGGGUGCCAGGGUAUAUGCCCCAUCUUCCUCUGACAUGGUUUUGUUUUGCUUGUCGGGGGGAGGUGUGCGCAAGGGAGGAAAAUGAAAAACGCACUUGCUUUUAUACAACGCCUUGGUAUCAGCAUCUUCUGUAGUGACUCCCUCUGGCAUGCGGGUGGGUUUCUGUACACGAACAUCUUUAACCAUGGUACAGCUGAACACCACGAGCUGGGAGGAUGUAGGUUCAGUCACUUGGGAGCAACGUACAGGUCAACACCCCAGUGCCAAGACUUUGGGGGAAGGAGGUUGCCGCGCUUCACAAGGUAUCUUUAUUUUCCUUCCCCCUCACCCCCAUUGCAAGUGUUUAAACCCCACCCUCCACCCAAGUCAGGUGGGAAUGGAAGAUUCCAAGUCAUGACUCCAAAGAAAAACUAGGGUAGGGAAUGACCGGGCUAAUAUUUAUUCUUCCACUGACAUCUUAAACAAAAGAGAUACAGAUGUUCUGUUCAUUUAC